GAGUGGCGUCACACGGCAAAGGAUUAUGGGAAAACAUGGCGUCUGAGACUGACAACGUGGUGACAGUUCCCGGAGGUAAUUCUUUAGAUUCUCGCGAGUACUGUUGUAAUUUGGAAAACGGCGAAAUGAAAGGAAAUGUAGAGCCUCACAAACGUUACAUUUGCUCGUUUGCUGGCUGCGCGGCGGCUUACAACAAACAAUGGAAGCUUGACGCUCACUUGUGUAAACACACCGGCGUCAAGCCGCACAAAUGUCCGCAAGACGACUGCGACAAGGCCUUCUGCAGCCCCUACCACCUGGCCCGCCACCAGCUCAGCCACAGCGGCCUGCAUCCCUUCCCCUGCACGGUUGAGGGCUGCGCGGAGCUUUUCACCACCAACUCCAACCGGGCCCGGCACGUCAGCCGCGUCCAUUCCGGGGAGGCCAAGCGGUACAUGUGCAAGGUGGACGGCUGCAGUCUGGAGUUCAAGAAAAACAAGCAGCUCAAGUCGCACAUGAGCGAGCAGCACACUCAAACGCCCGCCUACCAGUGCACGCAUGACGGCUGCAGCAUGAGCUUCACCUUCCCCAACAGGCUCAAACGCCACAUGAAAGUGCAUAAAGGCUACCCCUGCACCCAGGAGACCUGCACCUACACGGCGAGCACCUGGACAGAGUACCUGAAGCACAGGAGGGAGCAGCACAGACCGCUGCUUCGCUGUGAGCAGUGCAGCAAGGUGUUCAAGGACUCCUGGUUCCUGCAGCAGCACCAGAGGGUCCACUCGGACACCCGGCUGGUCUACAAGUGUCCCCGAGAGACCUGCAAGCGCUCUUUCACCACCAUCUUUAACCUGCAGAGCCACAUCCAGGCCUUCCACGAGGAGCUGCGGCCAUUCUCCUGCAGCCACCCGGGCUGCGGCAAGAGCUUCGCUAUGAAGCAGAGUCUCCAGCGGCACGGCGUGGUCCACGACCCAAACAGGAAGAAGAUGCCUCGACCUAAAAGGUCUCUGACCUCCAGGCUGAGCGGCUGCAGUGACAAGAUGGCCGUCUUGCAUAAGAAGAGUCCAGUGAAGCAGGAUGCUCCUGGUUCCAUUGAACUGGUCUCCCUGCUGAAGGACACAUCCCUGAUGGGUCAUUCCACGGUGGACACUCAAGAACUCACAGUGGCUGUGACCUCACCCCUCACAUUGUAGAGGUUACUUUCAAAUAGACAGUUGAAAAUAUGAAAUAUGAAAAUAUAACUCUUUACAUUGAGGGCAGAAAUGUAUUUGGACGUAAUCAUGUUGUGAACAUCCUUGACAUUCAUUCAUUCAUUCCGCACGAGGGUCGCGUAGGGUGCUGGAGCCUAUCCCAGCUGUCUUCAGGCAAGAGGCGGGGUACACCCUGGACUGGUGGCCAGCCAAUCACAGGGCACAUAUAGACAAACAACCAUUCACACUCACAUUCAUACCUAUGGACAAUUUGAAGUCGCCAAUUAACCUAGCAUGUUUUUGGAAUGUGGGAGGAAAACAGAGUACCCGGAGAAAACCCACACAUGCAAACUCGGUAUUGGAAUUGAACCCUGGUCUCCUAGCUGUGAGGUCUAGGUGCUAACCACUCGACCGCCAUGCAUCCCCUGAAAAGAAACAAUGCAGAAUAAUAUAAAUAAAUACCUGCACAGUCUGACUGAAUCUGAGCUUUCUUUUCAUGAAAAUCACGAACAUAAUGUCUCCUCAAUCUGCUGAUUUCUUGUGAAGACAGAACAUUUUAAUUGAAGGGACACAAAAGUGUUGCUGGAAGAGAACGACUAUUCCAUCACUCAUUUACAUCACUUUCAGUGUUGCCACAGCACUGCAAUCUAGUGCUAAUUCGUUAGAUGUCAUCAAAUUUGCAUAAAUUUGCAUAAAUGACCAUAAUGAAUUUACAAAUGGUGAGGGAAACACAUACAUUCAAACCAGCCCACUGUCUUAACAAAUUAUGUCGCCGUGUCAGGGUCCUCUGCUUCUUCAGGCUCAGCCGCCCACACUUGGACAUGCCCCUCUGAGGCGGUAAGGAGGCGGGUCUCCUUGGGGUGGAAGGACAUGGACUGGACUACAGCCUUGCCCACAGGCAGCUUCAAGGACAAACAGCCCUGCAAGACAACAGAAUGUAGAACAUCUUGAGCAUGCAUGUACGGAUCAAACUCUGGGUGCCUUUAUCACCUCCACCAAGUCCCAGCAGUAGACGUGUCCAUCCUCGGAGCAGCUCAGGACAUGAGUGUCUUUGGAGGACAGGCAGCAUUCCAGUUUAUAUCCCUUCAUCUGAUGUCCCAUGUACCUGAGUUCAGCAAACACAUUUACCGAUGGGGGUCAUGGUGUCUCAUGUCUCCUCGAUAAACUCACUCACUCGCCCAGCAUUUCGCCGGUUUUCUUGUCCAGCAGUCUCACUGUGGAGUCCAGACUGGAGCUCAGCGUGCACUGUCCAUCCUGACUGAAACACACACACGUGAUGGGACCUGCCGCACACGAGUUACACAAUCAGCGGCAUGUUUUGGAUGGACACAACCAACGCAUCUGGAAGAGAUUUACUGACUGUUGAUGAAGUCCACGUGGAGCUGUCCCAUUCUGAGGUCAUAACGUCUGACUCGACCAUCCACCGACCUGGACAGAGUCAUCACCAAGGUCAACAUGAAGUCUGGACAAAGAUGAU